AGACAUGAGUUAAAUGUUCUAUAUAAAGGUGCGACCAGAAAAUUAAUUUCUACAGUUUAUCUUUGCGUAGCUAACUAUGAAGAGCUUAGCGGUGUUGCUUGUUGUUCUGGGGUCCUCCCUGACUGCCCCCCAAUAUAAGAACUAUAUGUACUCUUCCUAUCCUGGACAUGCUAAACCAUACUACUCCAACUACAUAACUUCAAAGUAUUAUGCUCCGCAACAAUUUAGGAACUAUGGCCCAGCUCUCCAAUUUAAUCCAGCAGCUUCUGUUGCUUCCUAUCCUUCUGCUGCCUUAAAAAAGAUAGAUGCUGGACCUCACAGCUCUGCUAGUGCAGCAGCAGCUUUGGCUUAUAUGAAGAAUUCUGACGACCAGGAUAUUUGCUCUAAGAGUAGUCUUUCCUUCCUUCAGGAGAUUGUAAAUGGAGGAACUACUGAAUCAGCUACUGCAGUUGCUGAGACUGUUUACAGAUCUGAAUAUAACAAGGGAUCUCAACCAACCCCUGGUUCUCCUUGUCAGCUAGCUGAAGAUGCAUGGAAGACUGCUGUGUCUAAGGGAAAGAAUCCAGUUCUAGAUGCUGCUAUUGCAUUCAUGGAUAACUGGCAAGGCAUGAAAGAAGGAAACCCUUGUGCCGUUUCUGGACGGGCAUUUGUUACUGAAGUACUAAAGGGAUCCAGUGAGGCUGAUGCUCGAAUUAGUGCUGCCAAGGGGUUCUCUGGUGCACUAAAGCAGCUUUCUGCGGAAGGCAAGGAGCUAAGGGAUCCUGCAUGUGCUGCUGCAACCAAGGCAUUUUACCAAGCUUUACCUACCAAACCCUCUGUUGCCAAUGGAAAAGCUAUGAUAAAGUUUGUUGAGCAAGCUUUCUCUGGAUCUAGUUUUGAAUAUGAUCCUGUUUGCUGGAAAGCAGCUGAAGCUUUCAUUGACUCCUUUGCUGCCGGUAAUACUGAUAGCACAUCUAAUCUGGCAGCAGCUGAAGCAGUGUUCACUGAACUGACCACCAAUGGAGCUUCUGGGAUUCCUGCAGAUUCACCAUGUGUUGCUGCAGCCAAUGCUUACUACACCAGCCUGCCUAGUCAAGCUUCCUCCUCCAACACUAGAGCAUUUGAGGCAGCAAUUCAGAGUAUGAUUAGCCAGGGUAGAGUUGUUCCAGAUCCGGUUUGUAUCUCAGCUGCUAGAGCUUUCUGGUAA